CGCGUGAUUCUUUCGUAGAACGGUCAGUGGCGUUCUGCCGCAAGUGUCUGACAGCGGCGUAGCAGGAUUUGUAGCAGUACCUACUACCUACCUAAUAUUAUACCUUAGCACCCGCUGCGGCCGACCGACGCGGGUCCCGAACUAUAUCGUCACUGUCAUCGUACACUGCGGUUAUCGUAACGUAUAAUAAUAAUAUAAUUUAUUAUUAUAUACAUUUAUAAUAUAUACAUAUAUGGCGUUACCAUCACGAUACUCAACGAUGGAAGCGUCGUCGUCGUUGUCGUCAUCGAAGCGGUCCACGGCUGUCGUUACUUCCGCGUUGCGCUGUUGGUCGUACACAGAAGCGGAGCGCCAGCAUCUGUUCAAGGUGUCCCGUUUAUUCAUCACGUCCUAUUACGUGUACGUGUCGUAUUAUGGGCUGUUUGUGUUGGAUCUGAACGGGGUUGAUCAUCCCACGUGGGGCAAUCUAGGAUCCAACUGGUGGUGGAAAUGCGUCUCUGUGUGGAAUCUGAUAUUGCAAGUUUCAUACUUUAUUUAUUGCACAGUUUUUGUAGACUUUGCCGAUUCAGGCCCUGGAAAGUCGUGGAUAAAACCUCGACUACAACAGAACAAGAAAAUAAGAGAUUUCAUAUUUGUUAGCCUAGUAUUUCCAGUAACAAUU